AUGAGGCACAUCCAGGUUAACAAGAAUUUUCUCGUCUAUGGAUCAUCCAAGCUCGCGCUACCGUGUGUAAUCUUAUCGAUCCCAUUCCAUCGUUAGUAUUCUUCCAGCAGUUUGAAAACAGCUGUAUCAUUGUGCGACCUUAGGCCUUCUGACCCCUUACCCACAGGACGUCAACAUGAUCGACGUGGAGGAUAACUCGCACGCCAAAGCGAUCAAGUCCAUGGAAGAGAAGCUAGAGAUGGGCCAGAAGCUCCCCAACUCGGGCUCACCGUCAACGAAGUCCCCCUCUGGUAGCCCUGCAGAGAUCCCGAGUACCGACACGGCCGCCAAUGGUCUCAUCGCAGCCGCUUCGGCCUCGAACAGCAAGGCCAGCGCACCGAAAUCUGCCUGCACCAAGGUCAACACCUCCGUGGAGAAGAAUGGCAAGGACGCUUCCUCCCAGGAAGGCAUCAACCUGCACUCGCCAAUCACGCCGCCCGUCACAGGUAUCCCUCAUCUUCACCCGGUAAACUCUGUAUGCGAAAGAUUCUCCCAUACUGCAAGGUGUGAGGCUCUGUAGACAUUGAGCAUUUAUAUUGAUUUUUCCCUCAGUUUGUUUGUAUACAACCAUCAACGACUCCAUCUAUCGUGUUUUAUAGACACUUCAGUAUUAACACAUGCCCCAACUACCUGCUCCCAGGUGCGAAGCAAGCCCUGGGUGGCAAGGCUUCCGUCCGCGAAAACCUUGCCAGCAGUACCCAGCAAAGGGGUACCCCUAGAGCUACUACGUUAUCUGAGGAGAUCAAGCGAAUCCAAGCGAAAAAGGUAGUGGUAGAGGCGAGCCUGCCUUUUGUCCCAGAAAAGGCCUCGUCCUCCUCGCUUUGUUUCGUUGACCUCACGACCACAAGUAGGCCCCAUCUUGGGGCCACGCAGGAACCUUGUGCAGGAGUAACAUCAACCAAGGACAGCAAGGGCGUCGCCUGUGCUGGCCUACGAGCUAACGCAGCGCGUGAAAACCCUGCACCCUCAGCGGCUGCGCCCAGCUCGGGGCCAGCCGCGCCGGGUAGCACAACCGAGGGGCAGACAGCCGCGCGACCCCUCCCGGCGGGAGGAGGGCCCCCAAAGGGACCCUCCACCCUGCUAAAUAGGGCGAGGCAGGCGAACCUGCCCCCAGAGUGGCCGUGCUCAGGCCUGGGGAAGGGAGACAAGGGUGUCCACAUCCACCGGCCUCCCCCCCCCAAGGCCCAGCCGCCACUCCCUCACCCUCUCUGCUGCUCGGGCUUGUGGGGUGUGCACAGCCCGCUUGACUUCAUAGUGGACCUUGAACACGAAGAAGCGGCAGCAAAGCUGAGGGAUGAGAGCGAAAACGUUAGGAAACUUGAGUCCGAGCACCCUAACCUUUUCGAGA